CCCAUACUCAUUUCAUACCACAACAUGGCUGCCAACAUUGAAGAGCUUGUCACCGACUUCCGGGUGGGUACCACCAUCAACCAGUUCAUUGCGGCGAUGGAGCGGCGUGUGCCCAACGCGACGGGAGCGCUGUCUGUGGUGCUGAUGGAGAUCGCGGUGGCAUGCAAGCUCAUUGCGUCCAAGAUCAAGCGUGCCGGCAUUGCCGACAUCCUCGGCAAGGUCGAGGCUGAGAACUCGACCGGUGACGUGCAGGCCAAGCUCGAUGUGCAGUCCAACUAUCUGAUGAAGCAGCGGCUGAUGUCGACCAAGUACGUUCUGGCGUACAUCUCCGAGGAGGAGGAGGCACUCACCUUUGCCGACCCCGAGUCCAAGACUGCCAAGUUUGUGGUGGCCACCGAUCCGCUCGACGGCUCGUCGAACGUCGACGUCAACGUGGGCGUCGGCACCAUCUUUGGCAUCUGGGAGCGCAAGACCGAGCGCGGGACGGCGUGUGACCCGGAUGUCGACUGCCUGCAGCGCGGGCGUGACAUGAUUGCCUCGGGCUACGUGCUCUACGGCUCGUCGGUCGUCUUUGUCCUCACCGUCGGCGCUGGCUCGGGCGUCCACGAGUUUACCCUCGAUCCGGCGCUUGGCGAGUUUGUGCUCUCGCGCGAGUUCAUGACCUACCCCGACAAGUUCAAGCACUACUCUGUCAACGAGGGCAACUACGCCAAGUGGGACUCGGGUGUCAAAAACUUUGUCGACUACUGCAAGGCCGUCGACAAGGAGACCAACCGCCCCAUCUCUGCCCGCUACAUCGGCUCGUUUGUGGCCGACUUUCAUCGCAACCUCAUCUACGGUGGCCUCUACAUGUACCCGGCCGACUCCAAGAACGCCCGCGGCAAGCUCCGCGUCAUGUACGAGUGCGCUCCGCUGGCCCUCCUCUCCGAAGAGGCCGGCGGCCGUGCCACCGAUGGUGAGGUCGACAUCCUCGACAUUAUCCCCACCGGCCCACACAUGCGCUCGCCGCUCUACAUCGGCACCACCGAGUCGGUCGACCUUGCCGGAAAGUUCCUCUCUGGUGAGAUCGAGGCGUAGCCACCGUCCCAACCUUUGAUUACAGCCGUGGACAUAGGUGAUAGACCGCAGUACAAUGCAAGAGGUACUCGCUGGUAUCAAACCUGGCAUCAACCACCAACAUCAGCUGUGGCCAGCUUGAGCCGCAGAGCC